AUGCCACCAAAAAGGAGAAGUAGUGCAAAUAGUAGUAAUCGUAGAAGUAGUAGUGUUCGUAACACUGCUGCUGUACCUACAGUAGUGAAUAAAACCAAACGAACUUCUAGUGUUGGAACAAUCAACCAAUUAUCAGAUUUGGUAAUCCUCAACAUUAUUAGUCAUGUUGAAAACAAUGUGGAUGUGAUUUGUUUGAUGAUGACUUGUAAAGCAUUCUACAACAACAUUAGAUUAAAGUUUGAAAAGAUAUGUAAAGACCAUAGCAACGCAACAACAGAUCCUCUUCCUCGCAAUAUUGUAUGGUUUAAAAAUACAGCGGCAGCACAUGACCCAUCUAAUCGUCACAUGAAUGCAUUCUCCAAUCUCAUCAACGAAAGUGUCAAAACAACGCUUGGCAGGAAGUUGAAAGUCUUGCAAGCAGAUUUAUCUACGACCAAGGUACCAGAACAUGUCGAGGUUUUAGUGACAGCUGAUUGCACAGGUACCAUCGAUAAGGAUUUCUUUCCUUGCAGUGUCAAAAAGUUAAAGAUGCAGGUCAAAUUGCAUUAUCCAACGAUCAAAUCGUGGCCAUCUACCAUAACAUCGGUGACCAUUCAUUCAACUGGUGAAAAGGAUUUGGGUGCCAUUCUUGAGAGUCUGCGAACGCAGACUCUACUCCACCUCAAGAUCAAAUGGAUGCAGAAAUUGAUACCUCGCAUCAAUGUCACCCAUCUCACCUCGUUGGUCAGUCUCUCUUUAUCGGUAAGCUCUGAUUCAGCGACCUCUAUCUCGGACGAAUUCCUUCUCCCACCAACACUCAAACAUCUAUUCUUGUCAAAUAUUGGUGGUCUCAAGACCGACUUAAUCCCAGCCACACUCGAGAAGCUCUCCAUCUCUUAUCGUAGUGAUGCCAGCCACACACUCGUUUUACCAUCGACACUAACCUCGCUAACCGUCGACUGUCUAUCGGGCAAACUUGCCCCAGGUUUCAUCCCGUCAUCGGUGAAAGAAUUACGUUUGUUUGAAUUUACCGACGAUGCUAUAACACCAGGACUCAUUCCAAACGGUGUCGAAAUACUCGAGUUGAAUGGAUACCAUGGUCUGAUGACAAGUGAUAUCAUUCCAAAUUCAGUCGUUGAAUUUGUCAACUUGGUAGAUAUUGUCAAUCAUACAAAUGUAUCGAGAUUGAUUAUUGAUGGUCAAUUUGAAUUUGAAAUUCGAAGAUGUCCUAAUAGCAAUAGUUUUAUGCUAAUUGAAAAGGAUACAAUGGUUGGUGGAAUCAUCGUCCUACCAAAAGACAAACACACAAAGCUAUUCCUUAAUGUCGACGCAGAUCAUGGUCAAUUCAAAAUCUCUGACACUUGUAUUGAAAUUGAUGAAAGUGAAGAUGAAGAAAGUGAAAGUGAUAAAGAUGACGACAAUGAUGAUAAAGAUGAAGAAGAAAAUGAUAAAGAAGAAGAUGAUGAAAAAGAAGAUGAAGAUGAAAAAGAAGAAGAUGAAGAAGAUGAAGAUGGUGAUGAAUAA